CUGAACGGCUCCACAGAGGGUAAGAAGCUUCAGUAUUUGCUGGAAGAGAAACCGAUCACCCCAAGUAUGUAUGGCCUUCCAAAAACACAUAAGUCGGGGAACCCAAUGCGCCCUAUAACCUCGGGUGUGGGAAGCGCGCCGCAUCAGCUGGCCAAAAAGCUUGCUAAGCCGCUAUCGGACCUUUUGGGAAAAACAAGCGGAACCCACCUUCGAAACUCUGGUGACUUGCUGAACAGAAUAAAGGAUGAAAGAAUGAAUGACAAAAAACUAGCAAGUUUUGAUGUGAAAUCGCUUUUCACAAAUGUCCCCUUACAAGAUGCCAUGGAAGCAGUAAGACGAGCACUGGACGAUAACCAGGACAUUGCACUGCCAGUGCCGAAAGCGGACUUCAUUCGCCUAGUCCGACUUUGCGUUGAGUUUGGCGCCCUGGAAUUUGAAGGCAAUGAAUACAAACAAAUAGACGGUCUGGCGAUGGGCUCCCCUCUUAGUCCUGUGCUCGCGUGUAUCUUCAUGGAAACGUUAGAAACGGAUCAUUUUCUGAACAUCGUCGGUCAAAGCACCACAUGGCUAAGGUACGUGGAUGACAUUCUGGUUAUAGUGAACAAGCAACAAGAUUUAGACAGUGUUCUUCGAAAGCUCAACGACGUGCACCCGAAAAUACAGUUCACCUGCGAACAGGAACAAGAUGGCAAGCUCCCUUUCCUAGACACACUGAUUUGGAACCGAGAAUCAAGACUGAUGUUUUCCGUAUACCGGAAACCGACCAACAAGAAUGACUUUAUCCAUUUUUAUUCGUCGCACAGUCAAAGAACGAAGACUGGAGUCGUUUUGGGAUUUUAUCUCAGAGCGUUUCGCAUCUGUUCAAAGGAAUAUUUACAGAACGAGCUAGAGUACAUUAGGACAACUUUUACCAAACUCAGCUACCCUUUGGGUCUUCUCCUUCAGCUAGAAAAGAAAGCUAUAAAGAUCCGCUCAAGAUCCUCCAAUUCAAAUGCCACGAAAAGAAAGGAAUAUAUAUCAGUACCUCUGUCAGAACAAUCUGAAGUGAUCACAAGCUUUACCAGGGGAGCCUUAAACAUUACAUCUCCAUCGGGUUCAACAAUUAAGGAUAUUUUACGGCGCAAGAAGAAAGCAAGCAACCAAAACAGUGUGGUUUAUAAAAUUCCAUGUGGCGUUUGUGAAAAAAGCUACAUAGGGGAAACAUACAGGGGUGCAGCUAAACGGGUAGAGGAACACAAAAGAGAUUUGCGGAAUCACCAAGAAUCUAACGCCAUAGUGCAGCAUGUGGAUGACGCGGGGCAUUUGCCAAACUGGUCGGCGAUGUCAAACCUAUGCGUGGGAUUAAAUAAGCGUAACCGACAGGCGGUGGAAGCAGCGUUUAUUUCUACGAUUAGUAAUUUCAAUGGGAAUUCGGGUAAAGUAAAACUCAGCAAGCACACUGCUCAAUUAAUUUUGAAAAAUGAUUUCAGGAAGUAGGGGUUCCGGGCGAAAAGCAGUGUAACGUUUUCAGUCAUGUAUAGAAUUGCUAAUCUGUGAGUGUCUGUGAACGUCCCCAUUCGACCCCGUUCGACCUCGAUUGUAUUUCGAUAUAGGUAGUUAUUUUUAUAUGGUGUGACCAAGGGAUUAUUCCCGAAACACAUGUGUAACCAAUUUUAAUAUAAAAACAACACGUUCC